CGCCGCGCCGCGAACAUGGCGACCCGGAGCGGCCGGAGGCGGCCGCGGCUCCCGGCGCUGCUCGCCCUGCUCGCGCUGCUCCCGCCCGCCGCCGCCGCCGCCGCCGGGGCGCCCCGCUGGCCCGGCGCCCGCCCGCCCUUCCCUCCGCACCGCAGCCUCCUCGUGGCGCGGGGCGACCCCCGCGAGCCGCGGCCGGGGGCGAACCCCGCGGACCCGCGGCCGCCGUCCCGGGCGCGGCGGAGCGCGGCCCCGCAGCCCCAGCCCCUCCAGGUGUACGGACAGGUCAGCCUGAAUGACUCCCACAAUCAGAUGGUGGUGCACUGGGCCGGAGAGAAAAGCAACGUGAUCGUGGCAUUGGCCCGGGACAGCCUGGCCGUGGCAAGGCCCAAGAGCAGUGAUGUGUACGUGUCUUACGACUACGGAAAGUCAUUCCACAAGAUUUCAGAGAAACUCAGCUUCGGUGUGGGAAACGACACGGCGGCUGUCAUCGCCCAGUUCUACCACAGCCCUGCGGACAACAAGAGGUACAUCUUCGCGGAUGCUUACGCCCAGUACCUGUGGAUCACAUUUGACUUCUGCAACACCCUCCAUGGCUUUUCCAUCCCAUUCCGGGCGGCUGACCUCCUCCUCCAUAGCACGGCCUCCAACCUGGUGCUGGGCUUCGACCGGUCGCACCCCAACAAGCAGCUGUGGAAGUCGGACGACUUCGGUCAGACCUGGGUUAUGAUUCAGGAGCACGUGAAGUCCUUCGCCUGGGGAAUCGACCCCUACGACAAGCCGAACACCGUCUACCUUGAGCGGCACGAGCCGGCGGGCUCCUCCACGGUGCUCCGCAGCACCGACUUCUUCCAGUCCCGGGAAAACCAGGAGGUGGUCCUGGAAGGCGUGAGAGACUUUCAGCUCCGCGACAAGUACAUGUUCGCUACGAAGGUGGUGCCUCUCCCGGGAAGCCAGCAGCCCUCUUCUGUCCAGCUCUGGGUCUCUUUCGGCCGGAAGCCCAUGCGAGCCGCCCAGUUUGUCACGAGGCAUCCCAUUAACGAAUAUUACAUCGCGGACGCCUCCGAGGACCAGGUGUUCGUGUGCGUCAGCCACAGCGACAACCGCACGAACUUGUACAUCUCAGAAGCCGAGGGGCUGAAGUUCUCCUUGUCCCUGGAGAACGUGCUGUAUUACAGCCCGGGCGGGGCUGGCAGCGACACCUUGGUGAGGUACUUUGCCAACGAGCCCUUCGCCGACUUCCACCGCGUGGAAGGGCUGCAGGGGGUCUACAUCGCCACGCUCAUCAAUGGCUCCAUGAAUGAGGAGAACUUGAGAUCCGUCAUCACCUUCGACAAAGGGGGAACCUGGGAGUUUCUUCAGGCCCCGGCCUUCACGGGAUAUGGAGAGAAAAUCGAUUGUGAGCUUUCUCGGGGCUGUUCCCUGCACCUGGCCCAGCGCCUCAGCCAGCUGCUCAACCUCCAGCUGCGCAGGAUGCCCAUCCUGUCCAAGGAGUCGGCGCCCGGCCUCAUCGUCGCCACCGGGUCGGUGGGGAAGAACUUGGCCAGCAAGACCAACGUGUACAUCUCCAGCAGCGCGGGAGCCAGGUGGCGAGAGGCACUUCCUGGACCUCACUACUACACGUGGGGAGACCACGGGGGCAUCAUCGUGGCCAUCGCCCAGGGCACGGAAACCAGCGAGCUCAAGUACAGCACCAACGAAGGGGAGACCUGGAAGACGUUCGUCUUCUCGGAGCAGCCGGUGUUCGUGUACGGCCUCCUCACAGAGCCGGGGGAGAAGAGCACCGUCUUCACCAUCUUCGGCUCCAACAAGGAGAACGUGCACAGCUGGCUCAUCUUCCAGGUCAACGCCACGGACGCCCUGGGGGUUCCCUGUACAGAGAAUGACUACAAGCUGUGGUCGCCAUCGGACGAGCGGGGGAACGAGUGUUUGCUGGGACACAAGACGGUUUUCAAGCGGAGGACCCCCCACGCCACCUGCUUUAAUGGAGAAGACUUUGACAGGCCGGUGGUCCUGUCCAACUGCUCCUGCACGCGGGAGGACUACGAAUGUGAUUUUGGUUUCAAGCUGAGUGAAGAUUUGUCCUUGGAGGUUUGUGUUCCAGACCCGGAAUUUUCGGGGAGCUCCUACUCCCCUCCGGUGCCUUGUCUCGUGGGCUCUACCUACAGGAGAACGAGAGGCUACCGGAAGAUUUCUGGGGACACGUGCAGUGGAGGAGAUGUGGAAGCCCGGCUGGAAGGGGAGCUGGUCCCCUGCCCCCUGGCAGAAGAGAACGAGUUCAUCCUGUACGCCAUGCGCAAGUCCAUCUACCGCUACGACCUCGCGUCCGGAGCCACGGAGCAGCUGCCGCUCUCCGGGCUGCGUGCCGCCGUGGCCCUGGACUUUGACUACGAGCGCAACUGCCUGUACUGGUCGGACCUGGCUUUGGACUCUAUCCAGCGCCUCUGUUUGAACGGGAGUACCGGGCAGGAAGUGAUCGUCGGCUCCGGCCUGGAGACGGUGGAGGCUCUGGCCUUCGAGCCCCUCAGCCAGUUGCUGUACUGGGUGGAUGCUGGCUUUAAAAAGAUUGAGGUAGCCAAUCCAGACGGUGACUUUCGACUUACGAUCGUCAAUUCCUCUGUGCUCGAUCGGCCCCGGGCUCUGGUCCUCGUGCCCCACGAGGGAGUGCUGUUCUGGACCGACUGGGGAGAUGCGAGGCCCGGCAUCUACCGGAGCAACAUGGACGGCUCCGCCGUGCGCCGCCUGGUGGCGGAGGACGUGAAGUGGCCCAACGGCAUCUCGGUGGACGAGCGGUGGGUCUACUGGACCGACGCCUACCUGGACUGCAUCGAGCGCGCCAGCUUCAGCGGCCAGCAGCGCUCCGUCAUCCUGGACAACCUCCCGCACCCCUAUGCCAUCGCCGUCUUCAAGAACGAGAUCUACUGGGAUGACUGGUCGCAGCUGAGCAUCUUCCGGACGUCCAAAUACAGCGGCUCCCAGAUAGAGACCCUGGGCAGCCAGCUCACGGGGCUGAUGGACAUGAAGAUCUUCUACAAGGGGAAGAACGCAGGAAGCAACGCCUGUGUGUCCAGACCAUGUAGCCUGCUCUGCCUGCCCAAGGCCAACAGCAGCAAAAGCUGCCGGUGUCCCGAGGGGGUGGCCAGCAGCGUGCUCCCAUCGGGGGACCUGACGUGCGAGUGCCCCCAGGGUUUCCAGCUGAAGAACAACACCUGCGUCAAAGAAGAGACCACCUGUCUCCGCAACCAGUAUCGCUGCAGCAACGGGAACUGUAUCAACAGCAUUUGGUGGUGUGACUUCGACAACGACUGCGGGGACAUGAGCGACGAGCGGAACUGCCCCACCACUGUCUGCGACGUGGACACCCAGUUCCGGUGCCAGGAGUCGGGAACCUGCAUCCCAUUCGCUUAUAAGUGCGAUCUGGAGGAUGACUGUGGCGACAACAGUGAUGAGAGUCACUGUGAGAUGCGCCAGUGCCGGAGUGACGAGUUCAACUGCAGCUCGGGGAUGUGCAUCCGCUCCUCCUGGGUGUGCGACGGGGACAACGACUGCAGAGACUGGUCUGACGAAGCCAACUGCACCGCAGUUUACCACACCUGCGAGGCCUCCAACUUCCAGUGCCGCAACGGGCACUGCAUCCCCCAGCGCUGGGCGUGCGACGGCGACGCGGACUGCCAGGACGGCUCCGACGAGGACCCCGCCAGCUGCGAGAAGAAGUGCAACGGCUUCCACUGCCCAAACGGCACCUGCAUCCCGUCCGGCAAGCACUGCGACGGCCUGCGCGACUGUGCGGACGGCUCCGACGAGCAGCACUGCGAGCCCCUGUGCACCCGCUUCAUGGACUUCGUGUGUAAGAACCGCCAGCAGUGCUUGUUCCACUCCAUGGUGUGCGACGGCAUCAUCCAGUGCCGCGACGGCUCGGACGAGGAUGCCGCCUUCGCGGGGUGCUCCCAAGACCCCGAGUUCCACAAGGCGUGCGACGAGUUCGGGUUCCAGUGUCAGAACGGCGUGUGCAUCAGCUUGAUCUGGAAGUGCGACGGGAUGGACGACUGCGGGGAUUACUCGGACGAGGCCAACUGCGAAAACCCCACGGAGGCCCCCAGCUGCUCCCGCUACUUCCAGUUCCGCUGCCAGAACGGCCACUGCGUCCCCAACCGGUGGAAAUGUGACGGGGAGAACGACUGCGGGGACUGGUCGGAUGAGAAGGAGUGCGGAGAUCUGCACGUCCUGCCCUCCCCCACGCCGGGACCCUCCACCUGUCUGCCCAAUUAUUUCCGCUGCAGCCACGGGGCCUGUGUGAUGGACGCCUGGGUCUGCGACGGGUACCGGGACUGCGCCGACGGCUCCGACGAGGAAGCCUGCCCCACCCUUGCCAAUGUCACCGCGGCCUCCACUUUGACCCAGCUUGGACGAUGUGACCGCUUUGAGUUCGAAUGUCACCAACCGAAGAAGUGCAUUCCCAACUGGAAGCGCUGUGACGGCCACCGGGACUGCCAGGGCGGCCAGGACGAGGCCAACUGCCCCACACGCAGCACGCUGACCUGCACGAGCCGGGAGUUCGGGUGUGAGGACGGCGAGGCCUGCAUCGUGCUCUCCCAGCGCUGCGACGGGUUCCUGGACUGCUCGGACGAGAGCGACGAGAAGGCCUGCAGUGACGAGAUGGCCGUGUACAAAGUGCAGAAUCUCCAGUGGACGGCCGACUUCUCCGGGGCAGUCACUUUGACCUGGACGCGGCCCAAGAAAAUGCCCGCCGCUUCCUGCGUGUACAACGUGUACUACAGGGUGGUGGGAGAGAGCGUGUGGAAGACCCUGGAGACGCACAGCAACAAGACGAACGCCGUGCUGAAGGUCCUGAAGCCCGACACCACCUACCACGCCAAAGUGCAGGUCCAGUGCCUCAGCCGGGCGCACAGCACCAACGACGUGGUGACCCUCCGCACGCCCGAAGGACUGCCCGAUGCCCCUGGGAACCUCCAGCUGUCCGUCCACGGCGAAGCAGAGGGGGUGGUCGUUUGCCGCUGGACCCCUCCCCUCCACGCUCACGGUUUCAUCCGUGAGUACAUUGUGGAAUACAGCAGGACCGGUUCUAAGUUGUGGGCCUCCCAGAGGGCUGGGAGUAACUCCACAGAAAUCAAGGACUUACUGCCCAGCACCCUGUACACCGUCAGGGUGGCUGCGGUGACUAGUCGUGGAAUAGGAAACUGGAGCGAUUCUAAAUCCAUUACCACCAUAAAAGGAAAAGUGAUCCCGCCGCCCGACAUCCACAUCGACAGCUAUGGCGAAAAUUCUCUCAGCUUCACCCUGACCAUGGGCGGCGACACCAAGGUGAACGGCUACGUGGUGAAUCUCUUCUGGGCCUUUGACACCCACAAACAAGAGAAGAAAACCUUGAGCUUCCGAGGGAGCUCUGUGUCGUACAAAGUUGGCAAUCUGACAGCUCACACGUCCUACGAGAUUUCUGCCUGGGCCAAGACCGACUUGGGUGACAGUCCCCUGGCCUUUGAGCAUGUCACAACUAGAGGGGUUCGCCCUCCGGCUCCCAGCCUCAAAGCCAAGGCUAUCAAUCAGACUGCCGUGGAAUGCGUCUGGACCGGCCCCAAGAACGUGGUUUAUGGCAUUUUCUAUGCUACGUCUUUUCUUGACCUCUAUCGAAACCCACAGAGCUUGACUACUUCGCUGCACAACAAGACGGUCAUUGUGGGUAGGGAUGAGCAGUAUCUGUUUCUGGUCCGGGUGCUGGUGCCGUACCAAGGGCCGUCCUCUGACUACGCGGUGGUGAAGAUGAUUCCGGACAGCAGGCUCCCGCCCCGCCACCUGCACGUGGUCCACGCAGGCAAAACCUCGGCCGUCAUCAAGUGGGAAUCGCCCUACGACUCUCCCGACCAGGACCUGUCCUAUGCCAUCGCAGUGAAAGAUCUCAUAAGGAAGACCGACAGGAGCUACCGCGUCCGAUCCCGCAACAGCACGGUGGAGUACACCCUCGGCAGGCUGGAGCCGGGGGGCAAGUACCACGUCCUGGUCCAGCUGGGGAACAUGAGCAAGGAGGCCAGCGUCAGAGUCACCACGGCUUCUUUAUCGGCACCCGAUGCCUUAAAAAUCAUAACGGAAAAUGACCACGUCCUUCUGUUUUGGAAGAGUCUAGCUUUGAAGGAGAAGCAGUUUAAUGAAAGCAGGGGCUACGAGAUCCGCAUGUUCGACAGUGCCCUGAAUCUCACAGCUCACCUGGGGAACACCACUGACAACUUCUUUAAAGUUUCCAACCUGAAGUUGGGCCACAAUUACACGUUCACCGUCCAGGCGCGGUGCCUGUUGGGCAGCCAGCUGUGCGGGGAGCCUGCCGUGCGGCUGUACGACGAGCUGGGGUCCGGUGGCGCCGUGGCGGCCUCCCGGUCCUCCAGGCCCACGGACGUGGCGGCCGUGGUGGUCCCCAUCCUGUUCCUGAUCCUGCUGAGCCUGGGCGCGGGCUUCGCCGUCCUCUACACCAAGCACCGCCGGCUGCAGAGCAGCUUCACGGCCUUCGCCAACAGCCACUACAGCUCCAGGCUGGGCUCCGCCAUCUUCUCCUCCGGGGACGACCUGGGGGAGGACGACGAAGACGCCCCCAUGAUCACUGGAUUUUCAGACGACGUCCCAAUGGUGAUCGCAUGAACGAGCUUUCCUCCCUCCAAACCAAAUGGUGUAAAUAUUUUAUUUGAUAAAGAUAGUGGAUGGUUUAUUUUAAGAGAUGCACUUUGAGUUGCAAUAUGUUAUUUUUAUAUGGGCCAAAACAAAAAAAAACACUUAAAAAGAAAAAAAAACAACAAAAAAGGAAGAAAGGAACGAGUCUCGCGUCCGCAGGGCUGUGCUUCCCGGACUUGCUUGUGAGUCUGCGAGGUCAUUUUGGUUCGCCCAGUUGGCCGUUCUUUUUAUUUUUCUAAGACGCAGAAACGUAUUUAAUAGAAAGCUUCACGGAGCGGCGCGGUGCGCGGGAAGCUCCUCCCGCAGGAGUCCGCCCCCUUGCAGUGCCGUCGGGGGUCCGGCCCUGUGCCCGCGGGCACGCGUGGUCAGCUGACCCUGCGCGGCCACAGGGCGUGGGGCCUGGGAACAGAAGCGUCGUGCUGCCGUUCACCGGGAUCCAGGUCACCCCUCGGCGGCGGUGGCGGUGGGGGUGCUGGCCCUCACCUCGGGGCCUCGGGCGGGCGAUCCUGGCUCUCCGAGCUCCCGGGAGCAGCUUUGGAUGCGGUCAGUUGAGAACCCUGCUUUCCCACACCCCGGGGCCCUUGUCAUUGUAAAAACAACAAACUCACUCUGCCUGAGGGAGGAAAGUUCUGGAUCUACGUCAUGACAGACACACUGGCAAAUACAGCACGUCGCUCUCUAUUUUCCAUCGUUCGGGUUUUUUUGUUUUGUUUUCAUUUACCACCAAAGAAAUGUCAAUUCUCAAGUUUUAUGCGUCGGUGGAGGUGGCCACUGAAUUGUCCUUGAAAAUCCAUACUGAGGAGACGUGCGGUCAGUGUGAAUUGGGUCAGUGCUUCUGUCCCCCUCCCUCCCUCCCUCCCUCCCUCCUCCCUCUUGCU